GCUUCUCCUUAGGUUUUAUGUACUUUUUAAGAAGAAAAUAGUAGAGGUAGUAUAGAGAUGUAUGAUAAAUGAAAAGAUAAGAGAUACAAUAUACGGAGUAUUAAGAAGAGUAAAGUAAUGAUAAAAUAGGAAAGAGAAAUUUAAAAAGGAGCAAGGGUAAUAAAAUUGAGGUAUAAAGAUAUUUUGAUUUAAAAAACUUACUAAAAGGGGAAACAAGAACAAAUAAUUAAAAACAUCCCAAAAAGGAAUACAAGAUAGUUAAUAGAGAACGGAAGGAGUACUCGAAAGUAAAAACACUUAAAGAUCUUAAUUUAACUAGCGAAGGAACACUUAACUCGUUUUUUUUUGGGUUGGGCAAGGAGCUAGGGUUUGGAGUAAAGUGGGAUGAAACAAAUUUAGGAAAUGCUUGAAAUUAAUUCUACUUCUAUUUCUUUUUUAAAAAGCAAAGUAUAAUCCAAAUAAGUUUUGAGAAGCUGGUUUUCUCCAACAAUUUUGAAAGCUCAAAAGUACUUGUAAACUUUUAUGCAAACACUUCAAUAUCUAUUUUACCCCUUUUAAAAACAAAAACUAGAUCCAUAGUCUAGACACUUCCUAAAUUUAUCUUUCAGCGGCGCUUUUUAACUUUUCAAACUCUCAUUUUCUCUUCUCAGUCACUCGCUUGUCAACACUUUUGAUGACUUCUUGAUUUUCCGUAGCUUAGAAAAAAGUUUUUAUUAUCGCCUUUAAUUUGUUUCAUUGUAAAGUUAGGAAUAUUUUCAUGGUUCUGUUUUAGACUGCUAGAGAAUCUUAAAGUUUGCAACUUUUUCCCGUUUUGGGUUUGGAUUUCCUUCAUUGACCGGUCUUUUCAUAACAGUGAAGCCGAUCAAGCUCCUCCUCCUCUGCCUAACCUGCGACUUUUUGCAGAAAUUCAGAGUUUGAUGAUCUUUAGGGUUUACAUCCUUAAUUUGGUACGUGCUUCUUUUUGUGGUAUUACCUUCUGGUUUUUGUGGUUGUAUUUUGUUUAAUAAUUUCAAAUGCUUAAUCGGGUGAUUAUUUGCUUUAUUAAUUUUAGCUUAAUCCAAUUCCACAAAAUUUGAUACACGUUUUGUUCUUAAAUUACAAUUUACUUUGAGAUGUGAUGUAUCCCUGAUGUUAGGUUAACUAAAGGAGAAGCUAUUAUAUACUUCCUUAUGUAGUGUUUUUUUUUGUUAUAAAAAACUUCCUUAUGUAGUGUUAUUUUCUAAAUCUGGUGUGGAAGGAAAUGCUUUUAAACCCUUACCAUUUUCGUGUUCAAUUUUUGUUAAUCCAAGAUUCCAUAGAGACUAGAGUGUGCAAAAGUAUAAAUUUUAAUUAGUUUUCAGUAGUAUGCUAUUUUAAGUAGUUUUUCAUUGGUUUAAGAUUGUGCUACAUUCUACAAGCGGGUGGCAUCUUAGCAAAGCUUUUGUGGGAUGCUAAUAAUAGUUUUGUUAGAUGCCAAAGGCCCAAAACUCAAAAUAUUCAAAAAGCAUCUAUUGGAAGGACUUUUAUUGCAUCAGUUCAUUUUUAAACUGUUGCUUCUUAUUUUUGAUAUAUAUAUAUAUAUAUAUAUAUAUAUAGCAUAUAUAUACUAUGGUCAUUAGUUUGCUGAAUAAUUUUUUGGGUCUACCAUCUGGUUCUCACACAAGUUCCAACUUUUGCAUUCAUAGUGACUGCUCUGCUUGCACACUAUAAUCUUCCAAAGCGUUGUAGGGAUAUUUGAAAAAAACAUGGUUGCAAAAGAACUCAAGAAACCCGCCAUAGGAUCUCCAAAAGUGGAAGUUGGAGAAAUAGACACAAGUGCACCGUUUCAGUCGGUCAAAGAUGCUGUCAACUUGUUCGGUGAAGGUGCUUUCUCAGGGGAAAGAAAUCCAAUCAAGAAGCCAAAACCUCAUUCUGCAGAGAGAGUACUGGCGAAGGAAACACAACUUCACUUGGCACAGAAAGAGAUAGACAAAUUAGAGGAACGACUGAAGAAUGCUGAAACAACAAAGUCCCAAGCCCUCAUGGAGCUUGAGAGGGCCAAAAUAGCCGUCGAGGAACUGACCUCACAGCUUAAAGUCAUUUCCGAAACAAAGGAUUCCGCAGUUAAGACCGCUGAAGCAGCAAAGAAUCAGGUUGAGAGCAGCUACUCUAAAGUGAAAACUGAUGAAUCUUGGAAGAUGGACUUGGAAACAUCAAGAGAUCAAUACAAGUCUGCAUUAACCGAUCUUGAUGCAGCAAAGCAAGAACUCAGUAAACUACGUCAAGAUUAUAAUGCUUCUGCCAAUGAAAUUUACACAGCUGUGAAUCAAGAGGCAGAAGCUGACAGAACUGUCAGAUCCAACAGUGAAAAGGCCACGGAGCUUUCUAAGGAAGUAUUGGUUAUGCAGGAAUCGAUCGAGCAGAUCAAACUUGCCAGUAUACAGGUACAGGCAGAAGAGGCUGAAAUCCAUGUGGAGAAGGAUGAUCAGAAACAGUUGUUCAAAUCCAGCCUUGAAGAGUCAACUAAGAAGUUAGCUUCUUUAAGAAACGAGGCCAAUCCCCACUUGAAAAAUGAUCUGGAAACUCGGCUAGCAGAGAUAGAAUUGCUACAAAAAGCGAUGGAAACCGCAAGGUCUUCGGAUCUCGAUUCUGUUCGGGCUGUUACAAUGGAAUUGGAUGAUGCCAAGGGAUCACUUAAUAAGGUAGUAGAAGAAGAAAUCUCAUUGAGAAUGCUGCUGGAAAAUCUCAAACUCGAGCUGGAGAAUGUAAAGAAGGAGCACUCUGAACUGAAGGAGAAGGAAUUAGAAACUGAAACCCUUGCAGGGAAUCUCCACGUCCAGCUAAGGAAAGCCAAGUCAGAGCUAGAAGCAGCACUUGAAGAAGAAUCAGAAGUCAGAGGGGCUUCUGGAGAAAUGAUCAAUACCCUCCAACAGCUACGAUCAGAGUGUGAAAAUGCUAAAACUGAAUCUGAAGAAAUGAAAGUACUAGUGGAAGUGAUAAAGAAAGAAGGGGAAACCAUUAGAACUGCACUGGAAGAGGCUGAGAAAAAACUUGAAAUUGCAUUGGAAGAGGCUGAAGCUGCAAAGGCAGCCGAAGCGGAGGCUCUUGAUCUAAUCAGGAUUUUGUCAGAGAGAACUGUUCCUGCCCGUGCCUCAACUUCCGAAUCUGGUGCUAGGGUCACUCUGUCUAAAGACGAAUUUGAUGCACUGAGUAGGAAAGUUGAAGAGUCAGAGAGACUGUCAGAGAUGAAAGUUGAAGCUGCAAUGGCUCAGGUGGAUGCCGUGAGAGCAAGCGAGAAUGAGGCGGUCAAGAAGUUGGAGGCUAUGCAGAAAGAGAUAAGUGAGGUAAGAGCUGCCACUCAAGAGGCGCUGAAGAGGGCAGAUAUGGCAGAAGCUGCAAAAAGGGCUGUGGAGGGAGAGAUGCGGAGGUUGCGGGAAAGGGACCAAAAUAAACCAGCAGUCGCAGCGUCCCGUAAUCUGGCAGAGACAACGACCAGUGAGCCUGGAAGGAGAAAGAACCCCAAAGUGUUGAUGCCUAACCUCAGUGGGAUGUUUCAUAAGAGGGUAAACCAAGUUGAGGGUGGCUCUCCUUCUUAUCUGCCUGGGGAGAAACCUGUCUGGUGAGGGAGAACUACUUAUUAGUGGGUGGGUGGUUGAGUAUAUAUCUCAAACUUGUCUUGCUUUUUACGGAGUAUUAUUAUUACUCCGUAUUAUAGUACUUUUUAGUUACAUUCUGGCUGGAAGUAUUUAUGAUGCUUGAUAAUUUUAGGUAAGUGCAUCUUUGAAGAUGUUAAUGUUGUCCUGAUAACCAACUCCAAAUCCAGCUUCCAGGAUGUUUGACAUGUGAUCUGCUUCCUUCUUCAAAGCAAAAUCUAAGUUGUACCCAACCUUGUCAACAUAGACAAAAUAGUAUAUUACAAUAAGCUAAUUCAAGCAUAG